UUUUUAUGUUUUGUUUUUCUUUUUGUUUCUAAAGUACAGGUUUCGCCGCUCCACGUGUAAACAGUUAAAAACACGACGGUGAGUGUUGGAGUGAGUUGAGGUAGAGAGAAAUGGCGGACCGGUACUUCGCGAACGACAUGCCGGAAUUCGUUGAGGAAGCACCGGCGGAAGAUUCGGCUAAAGUGGGGUCACUCACAAAGCUCGUCUCUCUUCCUUGUGCAACUCUCUCUGAUAUGCUCAAGGCCUCAGCUUUGGACCUCAAAAACACGGUGGUGAUGCAGGCGUGGGGUGUGAGUGGGAAUCGUGUGCAAGAUUAUACUUUGUAUACAGGGGCUCUUGGAACUGCUUGCUUGGCCUUGAAGGCUUACCAAGUCACCAAAAACCACACUGAUCUUAAAUUGUGCGCUGACAUUGUUAAAGCCUGUGAUAUAGCUUCUAGAGAUUCUGGGCAUGUGACAUUCAUAUGUGGGCGAGCUGGCGUCUGUGCUCUCGGUGCUGUUGCGGCAAAGCAUGCUGGUGAUGGCAUGCUACUUGACCACUACUUAUCACAAUUUAAAGAGAUCAAGCUUCCUAGUGACCUUCCAAAUGAGUUGUUAUAUGGGAGAGCUGGGUACUUAUGGGCCUGUUUGUUCUUAAACAAGAACAUUGGAGAUGGAACUGUUUCUACUACUCGCAUGAGAUCAGUUGUUGAUGAAAUCAUAAAGGCGGGUAGACAAUUGGCCAAGAAGGGACGGAGCUCAUUGAUGUACGAAUGGCAUGGGAAGAAAUACUGGGGUGCUGCCCACGGUCUGGCUGGAAUAAUGUAUGUUUUGAUGGCUGUGCAACUAAAACCUGAUGAGGUCGAGGAUGUCAAGGGUACUCUACGUUACAUGAUUAAGAAUCGAUUUCCCAGUGGUAACUAUCCUUCAAGUGAAGGAACUGAAUCAGAUCGUCUUGUCCACUGGUGCCAUGGUGCUCCUGGAGUUGCUCUUACACUUGUUAGAGCAGCUGAGGUUUUCGGAGAUGAGGAACUUGUGCAGGCAGCUAUAGAUGCAGGGGAAGUGGUGUGGAGACGGGGUCUGCUAAAGCGAGUUGGCAUAUGUCAUGGGAUCAGUGGGAACGCUUAUGUCUUUCUGUCACUUUACCGAUUGACAGGUAAGGUGGAAUACUUGUACAGGGCCAAAGCAUUCGCUUGCUUUCUAUAUGACAAAGCACCAAGACUCAUAUCAGAAGGGAGGAUGCAUGGAGGUGAUCGCGCUUAUUCCCUAUUUGAAGGUGUUGGAGGAAUGGCUCAUCUCUUUCUGGACAUGGCUGAACCAUCUGAAGCUCGGUUUCCUGGUUAUGAACUUUAAACUACUUGGAUCGGAUGUAAUAAACUAAUAAAUGCCUGCGCCUAGUUUUGUUUUGUAGAUAUUGCAAAAGAAGCAGAUAUAUAAAUAAAUAUAACAGGUUGAUCUGCA